UGACAACCUCCAUUCUACAAUGAGUGUGUUCAACAAAGCUACAUUGUGACAGAGACAGAUAUCAAACAAUCAAACGUCAACGUCAUAUUAUUAUACACAACCAUAACUUGUGUAUUUAAAUACAUCAUGCUUUGAUGUUAAUUUAUAUUUGUGUGUUGGCACUUGGGCAUAAAUUAUGCCACAAAUAAAUACUGAUCAAUAUUCUACAAAAGUUGGUCUGAUCUACAUUUUCAAUUUAAUUGUUGGAACUGGAGCAUUGACUCUACCAGCUGUUUUUAGUAGAGCAGGAUGGCUUUUUGGAACUACAGUUAUUAUAAUCUUAGGAUUCAUAAGUUUUAUCACUGUAACAUUCGUCAUAGAGUCUAUGGCAUCAGCAAGUGCGAUUAUCGCCUGGGAAAAGGUUCAAAGUAGGAAAAAAGCUCUGCGUACAUUUUGUGAAGCUGAGCCACCAAACUCUGACUCAGAGGAGACUCCUCUUGUUGAACCAUCUGGAAGCUCUGACAAUACAGAUGAUUCAUCCAAAUUCUUUACAUUGAACGACAAAGUAGAGAUAGGAGAAAUGGCAUCCCUAUUUUUCAGUAAAACAAGCAUUACAUUAUUUUAUAUUUGUUUAGCUGUCUAUUUAUAUGGCGACUUAAGUAUCUAUGCUGCAGCUAUUGGUAGAACUUUGGCAGAUGUAGCUUGUAAUUAUCAACCAGCAAAUUUUACUUGUAAUGAGACAAUACCUGACACUGAAGCCUGCUGGGAAGGUUCAUAUGUCACACGAUUUGAUGCUUAUCAAAUAUUUUUGACAACGUUCGUUUUAAUAUCAGGUCCAUUUGUAUUUUUUAACGUCCAAAAAACAAAGUAUCUUCAAAUAUUGACGUCUACUAUGCGUUGGCUUGCAUUUUCAAUCAUGAUAAUAUACGCACUACGAAUCCUAAUAGUCAAUGGUCCUCAAGGAUCACCUCCAGCUAUGAACGUAUACGGUAUCCCUGGACUUUUUGGAGCGUGUAUAUAUUCAUUUAUGUGUCAUCAUUCUCUCCCAGCAUUAGUUGUACCAAUUACUAACAAAUCAACUCUAAAUCGUGCUCUUAUAUUAGAUUAUGUGUUGAUAGCAGGGUUUUAUCUAUUAUUAGCUUUAACGGGAACAUUUGCAUUCGCACAUCUUGAUGAUUUAUAUACGUUAGAUUUUGGUCCAAGAGGUAGUGGAGGAUGUUCAGAGAACACAAACACAUUGUUAUUAAUUAUUGAAUAUUUUCUUGCUUUAUUUCCUGUGUUCACAUUAUCAACGAGUUUCCCUAUAAUUGCAAUAACAUUGAGAAACAAUUUAUCAUCAUUGUUUCUUAACAAUCAGACUGCUUACAAUUUUUGUCUUCGAAAAUUAGUCUUUCCAUUUUUGGCAAUAAUUCCACCUUAUGUAAUUGCUAUGUCAACUGAAAAUUUGUCAUUUCUUGUUAGUAUAACGGGUUCAUAUGCUGGAGCUGGCAUUCAGUAUUUGAUUCCGACAUUUCUUGUUUUAGAUUCGCGAAAAAAAGUAAUGGUUACUUUUAAAUCUAGUGUAAAAAAUAGAUUUGCCAGUCCAUUCGCAGGAAAAUAUUGGCCUAUUUUUGUUAUAGUAUGGGCGGUUGCGUGUAUGAUUUUAGUGACAAUUAACUUUGUUGAAAAAAAGAAGCAAUUCAGUACAUUGUUGUUAAACAACGCGCUGUAUUCAUUAGGUUAUGUCAGACGUCACAUGGUAACACUUGUAGGUUUUCAUCGUCAGCUUCGUGUGCUACAGUCUAAACUGAUCAAAUUGAUAAAGCAUCAUAUUUUUAAAUCAUCGUCAUUGACGUGUUCAGUUAAAUACAUCAUUCCAAGAUUUUUUUGUAAUUCUCUGAGUAACAUGCACAGUACACGUACCGUUGUCCAAGGUCAGAAUAUGACUAUUGAAAUUUUGCCGGCAUUAGAUGAUAAUUUUAUGUAUUUGAUAAUUGAUAAAAAAACAAACGAUGCUGCAAUAGUCGAUCCAGUGAAUUCAAAUCUAGUAAGCUCAGCGGUUGAAGAACAUCAAGUUAAUCUUAAGAAAAUUUUAACAACACAUCAUCAUUGGGAUCAUGCAGGUGGUAACAAGGAUAUGAGAAAAAUAUUUAAAGAGAUUGAAGUACUUGGUGGAGAUCAGAGAGUCGAAGCUGUUACUAAGAUAGUAUCGCAUGGAGAUAUUGUAGAUAUAGGAGAUUUGAAAGUAAAAUGCUUGGCAACACCAUGCCAUACAUCAGAUCAUAUUUGUUACUAUUUAUCAUCUGAAAAUGAUUCUCCAGUUGUGUUUACAGGCGAUACAUUAUUUAUUGGAGGUUGCGGAAGAUUUUUCGAAGGCACAGCUGAACAAAUGUACAAAGCGUUGUGUGAAAUUCUGGGAUCACUUCCUGAUAAAACGAAAGUUUAUUGUGGACACGAAUACAGUUGUAAGAAUUUGCAGUUUGGUCUAAAAGUUGAACCAGGAAAUGAAGAUAUCAAAAGAAAAUUAGAUUGGUUUAAGGAAUUACGUAAAAAACAAAGUCCAACUGUACCGAGUACAAUUGGUGAAGAGAAAAAAAUUAACCCGUUCAUGCGGGUACAUGAACAAAUGGUAAUGGCUCAUACUGGUACUAAUGAUCCAAUUAAAACUAUGGCUGCUUUACGUAAAGAGAAAGAUAAGUUUUAAUUAAUUUAUUAAAAAAAUUUUUAAUUUUAUCUAAGUACAAUUAUUAUUACGCUAUAUAUUAGCAGACAUUUGAGUAGGUAUUUCUUCCGUCUUUUUAUGAUAUUUUUGCAUUUCUACAACGUAUUUUUCUUUAGAACGUUCGUACAUGUCGUAAUAAACCUAAGAAAGAAAGAAAGAGUUGUAUAUUUCAAUGAGAAUUUCAAAUAAAAUACAAUAACUAAAAAA